CCGGCGCCUGGAGCAAGCCCAGUACUUUGUCACAUUCGUCCUUACCUUGGCCAUAAAGACAGAACUGUGUUGUGCUCACCAGACAGAGGAAAUGUAAAAGAUGCAGGAAUCGGACUGUCAGUUUUAUGUGCUGAAUGUUUUGAAAAGAAAAUAUCUUCUCCAAAGAAGGUCAAGAGAAAAAAGAUGCCAGACCAAACACCAAACACAAGUCCUGUGAUAGAUGCCUUUCGGAGAGGAAUUAAGGAGAAAAAGGACAGUGUACACAUUUUAGAGAAUGGCAGAGCAUGCAAGGGAUUGGGUUCAUUGUACCCAAAAGUUGUGAUUCAAAAACUCCUUGUUACUGCAGCAUCUUGCAGCCGUUUCUUGGCCAAAAAGGAUAACACUGUCAAGUUGGAACAGGGAAGAAAUGAGAAGUGUCUGGGUGUAACAAGAGCACCGUUGUCUUGUGGAAAUAGUUGGGAACAGACAACUGACUGUAUGGAUCUAGGAGACGCUAGUUCAGAGACUGACAAAUGGGUUUCAUCAUCAGAAGCCGAUGCUCGAAAAGCCUGUGCUAGAAGUAAUGGCACUGCGAACACCACAUCUCUGUGCCAAAACCCAGGGUUUCCCGUGAAAUUGGCCUGCACUUCAAGUGACCCUGAAUUUAGGUUGUCACUGGAAGCUCUCUGCAGAGAAAGGAAGCAGAAGAAACACAGAAUGAAGCAAUCUAAGCCACAUCCUGAUGAGAUUCUUGGUGCUGCCUUUUUCAGAUAUGACCCAUCUCAACCAAAGCCAAAGCAGGUUUCAAAACCUGAGGCAUCUUCUCCAAAUGCACUCAGAACGUCAUCCGAGAUGGCUGCUGGUGUGCGGAAGAGCCAGUCUGUUCAUUCACACUGCCUUGGAUUUAAGACAUCUUCUGGGCAAUCCAAACAAAUAGACCUUCCUGGGAAAAGAAAACGCACUGCCAUGAGUGUGGAUGCAGACAGUUCUAAUCAAUCUGAAUUAUCAAGUUUGAAUGACCCUGCUUUUAGUAGGUCAUCUGCAAAAUGCAAAAAUAGGAGGUCUGACUUUGUAAGAAAUAUCCUUUUAAAGUCUACUUGUGGUGAUGUUCUGCAGCUAAUGGAGGCUGCUGCUCUACCUAGACAUGAUUCUACUCUUCCAGAGGAGUAUCUCAACUCAAGCGAUGAAAAUGAGAAAAAUAAGUGCUCCUCUCUAGCCUUGUCAUCUUUGUAUUCUGCGCACAGUCCUGGUAAAAAUAACCCCACUUCUGUUGUGGAUACCAAAGAGAAUCGAUUGCAGGUGGCUAACUCACACUUUUUCUUGGAAAAGUCCCUUCCUUUUUCUCAGGAAAAAAGUACUGUGUUACCUUCUCUCCACCACCUAACACAAAGAAAAGGUGUGGAAUCUCAUCUCCGGAAUGCUGGCUUAUCUCAGGUAUUGGAUGCUAAGAAGGAGCAAGGUGGGAAAAGACCAGGAGGAUGUGCACACAAUAAAGCUUACGGUAUUCAUUCCAGCAACAUUUUUUCAAAAACAAAAGACAAGACUUCAGAAAAUGCUUCUCAUUCUUGUUCAGUGGAAGGUUCUGGGAAACCUGCACUCUCAGAAGAGAUGGGUGAAAGUGUUCCCCGUUCAUUGUCUCUUAAAGAAGGGUGCAUGGACAGCACCUCUAUGUCUUCAGAACUCUCAGGCGAGUUAAAGGUUGAAAGCACCUGUACAGACAAGUCCAAGCUGAAUGGAAAAGCAAAAAGCAGCUUUGAUAGUGAAGAUGAGAGUUUGGAAUGCAGUCUAGAUGAUGAUGAAGAAGAAGAAGAAGUAGUAUUCACGCCACUGCAAGAAAUUCUGUCUUCAAGUACCAAACCACAGGCAGGAACCCUGGAUGAAUCUUGUCUUGACAGUUUGUCUCAGGACACCAUGACUCCAUUACUGAAGCUUCAUCUUUCUAAGCCUCCUGUCGUUAGCCAGGUGUCAUAUGUGAACAGCUUAGAACACCUCUUGAAGGAAAAAGAGGAAUCUAAAAGGGUAGAUGAACUAGAAAAGCGGUUACAGGAAGACAUACAAGGAAGGGAGACUGAUUCUUCAGAUGGAGAAGCUGAGGACUAUGCCAGUGGAUAUGAAGAUCUCUCAGAAGAGCAGAGGGCAUUUAUAAAGAGAUUUUCAAUAAUAGCUCAUGCCAUACCUGACUACCACCCUGGAGAAGAUAUAUUUGAUUUAUCAGCCUCUGGGAAAAUCUUCAAUCAACAUAACCUUGACUUGAGGAAUUUUCAUUUCGUCCCUCAAAAUCCUAUAGAAAAGCUCCUUCUUAAUUCUGAUGUAACACAGCAGCUUUCUUUAGCUGUUAAUGGUUUUCUAAGUUCUGCUUACAGCUGUAUCUUGUGUCCCAUACCAAUUCUAAAGUGGCUUUUCCAGAUGAUGUCUGUUCAUCCUGACUAUUGUGUUUCCACCCAGAUUUUAGACAGACUGAUGGAGAUAACACUAAAAAAUGCUUCCAUCAGUGAUGAACAGUCUAAACCAUGGAUUCCUUCACUAGCUGAUGUGUCAGCUGUUUGUGUCAAUAUGGGUGUUGCGUUUAGAUCUCUCUUUCCAUUGCAGCAUCUUCAGCCCAACUUUAACGAGUGUGAUAUUUUAAGUCAGAUGCAAGAAACAUUGAGUAAACAACAGCCAAAAGGAGACCUAACCUCUGCCACUCCUGCCUUCUCCAGUCUACCAGAAAACAAUUUAGUUAAUGUGAUUAAGUUUCUAGAUUUCUGUACAACGGUAAUUCAAGGUGGAUAUACUGAUCAAGAAAUAUUGCUGCUGCUUCUAUUGCUAUUUAAAAUAAGCUUGGAGAAACAGUUAAAGCAAAUUCCUUUGGUAGAUUUUCAGUGCCUUUUCAUAAAGCUUCUGAUAAGUAUAAAAGACUGGGAUACAAAGAUGCCUGAGCUCUGCCUGGCAGUGAGUGAACUCUCCAGUCAUCACCAUAAUCUCCUGUGGCUGGUUCAGCUGGUGCCUAGCUGGAUAAUACGUGGACGGGAAGUAAGAAGACGUCUUAGCCUAGUGAUAAUUUCAAAGCUUCUUAAUAAAAAGCAUGUGGAAAUACCUGAUGACAGUGACAAGCAGAUGUCUCUUCUGCAUCAAUUUCUGGUGUACAUGAAACCAUCUAAUCUACUAAAGAAGAUGAGAGAAGGAUUGGAGCAGCAGAGCGCCGAUGGAGACCACCUUCAUACAGAACUAGAACAGGAGGCAUACUACCUAAUCUACAUCCUCCUUCAUCUAGUCAGUGAAGCUAGUUUCUUUGAUGUUGUAAAUUCUAAUCAAAGGCAACACUUACUGAAGCUUUGUGGUGCCUUAGAUAAGCACAUAAAAUGUGAUAUUAGAGAAGAUGCAAGGCUGUUUUAUCGAACUAAGGUAAAAGACUUGGUUGCUAGGAUAUAUGGCAAAUGGCAAGAUAUGAUACAAACCACUCGGCCUACUCAGGGAAAACUGCAUGACUUCUGGGAGCCGGAUUCCUGA